AUGGCGCAUCCCUGCCCCACCUCCCUGAUAAGUGCUCCGGCACUCUCUGGUGCUCCGGUACUCUCUGGUGCUCCGGCACUCUUUGGUGCUCCGGCACUCUCUGGUGCUCCAGCACUCUCUGAUGCUCCGGUACUCUCUAGUGCUCCGGCAAUACUUACUGCUCCGGUACUGCUUAGUGCUUUAGCACUUUUUAGUGCUCCGGCACUCUCUAGUGCUCCGGUACUCUCUAGUGCUCCGGUACUCUCUGGUGCUCCGGUACUCUCUGGUGCUCCGGCACUCUCUAGUGCUCCGGUACUCUCUGGUACUCCGGCACUCUCUAGUACUCCGGUACUCUCUGGUGCUGCUGCACUGUUUAGUACUCCGGCACUCUCUAGUGCUCCGGCACUCUCUGGUGUUCCGGCACUCUCUAGUGCUCUGGCAAUACUUAUUACUCCGGUAUUACUUAGUGCUCUAGCACUCUUUAGUGCUCCGGUACUCUCUAGUGCUCCGGUACUCUCUAGUGCUCCGGCACUCUCUAGUGCUCCGGCACUCUCUGGUGCUGCUACACUAUUUAGUGCUCCGGCACUCUUUGGUGCUCCGGCACUCUCUGGUGCUCCAGCACUCUCUGAUGCUCUAGCACUCUCUGAUGCUCCGACACUUUCUAGUGCUCCGGCACUCUCUAGUGCUACUACACUAUUUAGUGCUCCGGUACUCUUUGGUGCUCUAGCACUCUCUGAUGCUCCGACACUCUCUAGUGCUCCGGCAAUACUUACUACUCCGGUACUGCUUAGUGCUCUAGCAGUCUUUAGUGCUCCGGUACUCUCUGGUGCUCCGGCACUACUGGUGUAG